CUUCUUUCAUUUUCACAAUUAGAAACUAUAUGCCUCAAAAAACAAAGAACAAGAAGAAAGUUCCACCGAAGAAACAAUGGCCAGAUCUUCCUAAAAUGCUCCUCGACAUAAUUGGGAAGGAUUCAACUCUGAUGCGGAACAUCGUCUGUGAAGGUGUAACCCAGUCAUGGAGAGCAGCGGCAAAGCAGUGCAACUCAAAUGCAUCUCUGCCGUGGCUUCAACUCUUUGAUGAUCACUUUCAAGUUCCUCGCAAUUAUGGUGAUGUUACCCAACCUGCUGAUCAAUUCAACAUAUCAUUUCAUCGAGGGUACACUUACUCGUCUUGCAGAUGGCCAUCUCAAGGUCCCUGGAAUUAUUUCCUUGGCUACUCACACAAUGCAUUGGUGACUAGAGGAACUUCAGAUUACAUCUAUCUUUGGUAUCCAGAUCAUGGAAAUUAUUAUUGUUGUCUCCCAGAAUUCUAUCCCAAAGUUCCGUUUAUGAGUGUUGUAAUAUAUCCUUUGAAUGAAGAUCCUUCGACUAGGCAUUGUACUGUGAUGGUGUUGACAGGAACUAGCCAUCCAGCAUUUGUGUACUACACGUUGAGAGGAAAAGGAAAGUCAGGAAGUGGGAAACUUCUGCAAUCCACCAAUGCUAUUGGAUUCAAAGGAAGGUUCUAUGCUUUAAGUCUGCAAGGGACAGUUGCUGAGAUCAUUGUUGAUGAUGAGUUUAAUCUGAGAAUCAGAGCUCUGAGUUCGAAAAGGGCUGUUCCUAGUGUGUACUCGAAGCAUUUCACAGAAUAUUUGGUCGAAUCUGAUGGCAGGAUUUUGUUGGUCUUUCUCAUAUCAAGAAAAACAACAAAUGUUGUGGAUGAUGUAGAAGUAUUCCGCCUUAAUAUUGAAGAUCUCUCAUGGGAGAAGAUGGGGACUCUUGGGGAGAAAACAUUGUUUCUGGGGACUAAUUGUUGCAUGUUAGUCUCUUCAAGCAAAGCAAGAUGCAGUAGAAACUGUGUCUAUUUUUCCGUUAACACAAAUGAUGGUUGGCGGGAAUUUGACAUGGAAGAGGGAAGCAUAUUACCUGCCUGGAAGGCUGCCAUGCCCAGGACAGAGUUCCCUAUUUGGAUAGAGCCAGUUCCGCAAGAAUGAUUGUCAAUCUUAAAGAGUAGUGUCAAAAUUUUAAAUCAAGAAUUAGUCUGUGUUGACUUCAAUUAUAAUCUCCCCAAAAUGAGAUGCAGAAGAUUUGUGUUAAACAAUUUAGAAUUGGAUUCAGUUUUCAUAACAAUAAAAUUGCAGAAAUUGC